AUGGACACGCCACCCCCUCAGAGCGCGCGCGACAAACUUCUUGCAGGAGCCGGUCUCCAGCGCAGCGAGACGGCCAGCGCCAUCUGCGGCUUCGUCCUGGCCAGCGCGGCCGUCGGCGCCAGAGUCGCUGCUCGACGGGUGUCGAGGACGAAAUGGGCGGCUGAUGAUUGGUUGGUGUUGGCUGCGCUGGCAUACUUCGCCUCCAUCAUCUGCUACGCGGUCGGUGUCGUGCUAACCAAGACAUCGAUCCUCCUAUUCUACAACCGCAUCUUCAUCGCAGAACGGUUCCUGUACGUCGCCUCCUGGGCCAUUGGCGUGGUCGUGGUCUUGUACAACCUCGCCAUGAUCCUGACGGCGGCGUUCGGAUGCAUUCCUUUCUCGAAGCAGUGGACGGGACCUGCGGAAGAGGGGACGUGUAUCGAGACGAAGACGCCGUGGACUGUAUUGUCUGAAUCUCGUCACCGACUUUCUCAUCCUCACUCUCCCGGUCAGAUAUGCCUGGGGGCUGCACAUGCGAACGACGCAGAAGCUGCAGGUGACGGGGGUAUUCCUGCUGGGGGGGAUGACUUGCUGACCGCUGCAGUGUCUGCAUCUUCGGCGCCAUCCGAGUCGUCGUACUCGAAUAACUACGCCGGUAUCUGGUCCUUUGUCGAGCUCUCCGUCGGCGUCGUGGCUGCCUGCCUUCCCACCCUGGGCACUCUCGUCGCCAGAUCGAACCGCCGCCGGAUGACAGACUCGCUGGGCAAGCCAUGGCGAUGGAUCAGGCGCCGUCUGCCAUUAUCGUCAGGAGGAGGCUCUGCAGCAAGCGCGUGCCAGCAGAGUCAUCGCUCCGACCUGGCGCUGGCAGACUGGUCGUCAGACCGGCAGAGGAUCGUCUGGACGAGCUUUGCUGGACCCGGUCGUGGCUCUGGGUCUGGGUCACAGGCAGGAGGUCCAUUAGCAGAGGACAAAAAAGACAAGAAUACGGCCAUGACGGGGAUUCAUGUGCGGAGUGAUAUCCACCAGGAGUUUGAUUUCGUUUGA